AUGAAGCUGAAAAAGAGUCACACAGAACCUCCCGCCGAUUGCGCCGAGCUUAUCGAGAAGCUCGUCGGGCUCAACCACGAUGAACUACUCGAUACCUUGACGAAAAUCAACACAUGGACAGUUGGCAAGUGCGAGCUUUACCACUGGGUUUCUGUGCUCGACAAGUUCGAUGAGAUCCUCGGCGAGGCUUGUUCGACUGUUGAAGGGCACCAAUGGUACUACAAAGUGGACAAGGAUUCGAAGCUUCGCGAUCUUGUUCUCGGGAUCUUGAACUUUACCGCCUUGCUCAUUGAGUACUCUUGCUCCCGUCACAUCUACAAUAGCAUCGAUCAUGUAAUCUCGCUCAUGUGCGUCGCAGACCUGGACGUCACCCAUUCUGUUCUCAACCUUCUCUACACUUUCACCAAGCGAUCUACCUAUUUAACUCGCCUAAAUCAGGAUACGCGUAAACGACUCAUUGCCCAGCUCACCUAUUUAGCAGACUCCUGGGGUGGGAAAGAAAACGGCUACGGCCUGGCAGAAUGUUGCACGGAAAGUGACAACCGCCAAAAGUCCGCCACAACGCUUCACUUCGACUUCCGCGUCGAAGAUGACAGCAAAAACGAUCAACACCAAAUCGAAUCCAAAAUCGAGUCAAUCUAUAUACAGGAUAUGUCGGUCUUUACCGACCCUCUUGGAAAAAUUAUGGAAGAGCUUCUUGACAUGUACAACCGCUUGCCCAAAAAUCUUCACAUGAAGCUUUACACUCAACUUCGACUUGCCCAUUCAUUCGGAAACAGCGCUGACCGGCUCAAGUGCGUUCAAGUCCGACUCCAUGCAAUUUCUGUUCUUGUUUUCAUGAGCACUUCCGAAGCGUCGAUGAGUCCCGUUCUCUAUCCCGGCUUUGUCGAAGAAAUCGUCGACUUGCUCAUGCUUGAAGCUGAUGAAAAGCUCAUCGAGAUCAAAGCCGCCGCUUUACGAACGAUCACAUCCAUCGUCCAUCUCGACCACCAUCCGCGCCUCGUCACGAUCAUCGAUGCCACUGGAAGUGGCGAGUACCACGGCCUUUUGCCAAAACUCAUUCGUGAGUGCAUCGCAUCGAUGACAAGCGAAGACGCGGCUGAACAAGGUGCGCCCGCUCGAUUUCCUCAUAGCCUCUCCACUGCCUUAUUUUCCUUCCUCUACCACUUGUCCAGCUAUGAGAGUGGCGCCGAAGCCCUUGUCAACUCUGGCAUGGUCGAGAGCCUCCUCACUGUCAUCCAGAAGAUAGGCGAUCAGCAAGACCAGAUAAUGUUCGUCACACGAGCUGUUCGAAUCGUCGACUUGGUCACAAACGUCGAGAUGACCAGCUUCUCUGGAUUAAAAGGCGUUCAAAUCUUCAUCGAUCGACUUGAGCGCGAAGUGGCCAGCUGCAGGGUGGAAGCUCCAAGAGAACUCGAGCCAAGAAAGAAAUCAGCUGAUGGGACAAUGGAGAUCGACGAAAAUCUCCAAGAGUUUACCAAGAAAGGAGUGCAAUGCAUGCCCCAGCGAUCAGCCUUGUUCAAAUCGAUCCUCAACUUUUUGAAGAAGACGAUUCAAGACCAAACGAUGGCCGAAUCCAUCAGGCACAUUAUGGAGAGCUCACUGCCAAAAUCCCUCAAACACAUCAUCUCCAACUGCGACUACUACGGCGCGAGCUUGUUCCUUGUCGCACUCGAGGUUGUACAAUUCUACGUGUUUCACGAGCCAUCUUUGCUUUCCAACAUGCAAGAAACCGGCAUUACUGAUGUUAUCCUUCAAGCUCUUUUGAUCAAAGGUCCUCCAGCGACCAAAGAAGUCCUUCAGUUUCUUCCCGCCAUUUUUACAGCUAUGUGCAUGAAUGAAGCUGGCCUCAACGAGUUCCAGAGCUACAACCCAUUCGAGAAGAUGUUCAGAGUUCUGAUCAACAUCGACUAUCUCCAGGCGAUGAAAAAACGCCGUAGUUCUGAGUCAGCAACGGAUACUGCUGGAACUCUUGGCUCAUCUGUUGAUGAACUGAUGCGUCAUCAGAACUCUCUUCGAAAGCCUGCGAUCGCAGCGGCUAUCGACCUUUUGCACCAUCUUGUUGAUAUUGGAAACAACCCUGAUACCAUCGUCGUAAAAACUCUGUCCAGCACUUCGAAAGUCGAUGCUACUGUUACAGCUGAACCAGUAACAAUUGACCAGGAAACUCAAUCUGACGAGGAACGCGCAACGAUGGACGGAGAGUUCGUAGAUGACGGAAAUGUUGAAAAUCCAAAGAAGCGACGUAAACUCGUCGACAUGAUUGAGGAACAGAAGAAAAUAAAAGAACCUGAGAAAGUCCCAUUGAUGGAAUACAUCGUCAACGUUUGCAAGUUCCUCGACUCGAUGCUUUCGAACAAUAACACUCCUGAUCACUGCAAAGAAUUUAUCGCAGCCGGCGGUGUUCCAGUCUUGCUGAAACUUGUUUCACUAAAAUCACUUCCGCUAGAUUUCCCAACUUCGGCAGCGGCUCAGCAAGUCGCUUCUGUUCUACGAGUGGUGUUCGUCCUCUCAAAGGACAAGUCUGUGCUGAAAGCAACGAUAGAUGUCGUAAAAGAGUGGCUUGACAAAUAUGACCAAUACUGGCAACAGGAGUCCUCCAAGGCAACGAUUGAGUCACCUUCAUUGAUGUUGCGUGAAUAUACUGAUAGCACAUUGGAUCCGGUCAGAUCUUCAAUUGAAAUGCCAAUUUUUCAGCUAACGAGCAAGAUCUUCGGCUUCGUAAAUCUCCUUCAAAAUAUGACGAGCAAUGUUCAAAACGAAGCACGUGUUAUCUGUGUCAAAGUGUGGAGCAGUGAGACAAGCUUAAAAGUUCUUGAUGGCUUCGCGAAGCUCUAUCGAAAUCUGAUUUGGGAAAGUUCUUGCAUGAUUGAAAUAAUGGAGGACAAGAUGGAAAUCGAAGGCCUUGGAAAAGCUGAUCUCGACCGAAUCUGUACAAUUGACUGGUCAGAAGAGGUCAGUCCGCUGCCAUCAGCGAGUGCAUCAUCUGCGUCAUCGAAUGCGACAACACCUGUGGACUCAAAUCCUUUGAGCGGAGCUUCACCAACAUCUGUGCUUCAAGACGAAGUUGGAUCGUUGAAUAUCGGCUCUCCUUCCGAGCAAAAUCGACCACUCAAACGACGAUCUCCUGAUCCACAAGACGCUCAAAGAAUAGAGCAGCUAAUGAAGAAAGAUAAGACGAUGAAGAUUCGAAAGAUGAUCAAAGACGUCCCAUACGAAGCUGCCCAGAAUCUCGGCGUCAAGCUCUCAACCCUGUUCCAGCUCCUGGUCAAGUUUGCCACAGCGCCAGCUCGGAGUAACCGCCGAAAUCCAAACAAAAUUCCACCGUCCACUUCUGCGCGAAUGAUUGCCAGCGAACUGAUAAAACAUAUCACUGAUACACUUGUUUGGAAGCCGCCGAUUCAAGUUUCAUCAACAAAAUUCCGUCUUUUCUUUGGUCGAUCCGCUACGCAGCUUCUCAGCGCGUUGCUCCUUGAUGAAUGCAAAGUUCCUUACAUGCUGAUGCUCCAGCAUUUGGAUUGUGUCGAUGGCUUGCGAAAGAUGGAAAGCGCACUGUAUUCCUCGAUCGAAGAUGCAGCUGGCGAAAGUCUUGAAAGCCUUCUUGAAAAAGAAACUCUCCCAAGAGGGGUCGGUGAACAUCUUUCCGAGUGGCUUACUCUCAUUGAAAAGCUUGUGGACACUCGAAAAUACGAUCAGAAACCAACUGAUCGAACGUAUGUCGAUAUGCCUGAGAACUACGCGCCAUAUCAUGUUCCGUUCAAACGAGCCAGCUUCCUAGCUCAUGCUCACACGAUCGCUUUCCGCGCGAUCAAGUUGCUCUGGGGCAAAAAGUGCUUGACAAACUUUGGAACGAAGAAAGAGUCAUCCCGACUUUUGGAAAAUAUUCUCACAGUCUUGCGACACAUCAUCAAGUCGGAAGACUUCAUCGAUGAAGCUCUUACAGUUGAGCGAGAGUCUAGCGAAAUCAAUGCAAGCAAUCGUAACAAGUCGAUUCAUGCAUACUUUUUGAACGAAACAGAAGCUGACUGCAAGAAACAUAACGGAUUUAAUCCGAGAUUCAGCAAGAUCAUUCAGCAACUUGUAGCUGGUGAACAACUUGAUGCAAUUUUCGAAGAAUUCAAGUGGUUGGAACCGAAAGAGUUCAUCGAUCGUCUGUACAGAAACCAGGACGGCUCAUCAGAAAAUCGUGAUUUGGGAGAAGGAGGAUCAAGAAGGCCAGCAUCGAACGCGAUGGUCGACGCUUUGUCACUUCUUAGUCAAGAAAGACAGUCGCAAAGCCGAGCAAGUACAGUUCGAGAAGCUACGAACAGAUUGGACACCCUGCGAAGCAACUUAGAACGAAUUCGGACCGAUCUGGAAAAUUCGGCAAAUCGAGACAAUGAUCAUGCAACGCUGUUGGCUAAUAAUGUGGAAACACUCGUAAGCAUGGGAUACAGUGAUGAUCUUGCUCGUCGAGCACUUGCUCAAACGAGAAAUAAUCUUACAGAAGCGAUUGAAUUCUGUUUGUCUGCACCCGCAGAUGAAGAUGACGAGCUAGCGAUGGCGAUUCGACUGAGUCUUGGCGAGCCCACGCGUGAUCCAGACUUGCCUGCCUUGGAAUAUGCUUCCUCGGAAGAAGAACCGCCAGUCAAUUUAGUUGAGCCUUCUCCUCCUCGAGAGCUUACUUCGUUUGAUAAGUUGAAAAAACUAAAUAGUGAAAACGUCGCACGAUUUGCUGCACUCUUGGCUUGUGGAGACUACAUGCAAUCUUUGGAAAGAAAAGACUCGCCCUACAUCGAGCCUGCCGAAGUGCGAGCUUUCUCGGAAAAUAUGACAAGCGGCUGCUUCCAAAUGCUCGAAGAUGAUCCAAAAGCGGUUUAUUCUGUUUCUGAUCUCUUGAUCGCCACCAUGCGUCGAAGCGACAAGUCGUGGACUCAGCAAGCAAUCACAGACAUAGUUUCAAAGAUCAACCUCACGGCCAAGGAUGUGCUGGAAAAGCAAAACUGCGUUCAAAAGACGGGUCUGCUGACAUCGCUCAGGGACAGUGGUUUCGAUCCAGGCCAGUUGCGAAAAGCCUCGCAAGAUCUUUCAACAGGCCUGUUGCUUCUUACUUUAUUGUUUGAUGAAGCAAAGAUGAACUGUGCUAAAGCAAUCGAUGAUAACAAGCUUAUGGACACGAUUGUCGAGCUUUUAACGAUGGCAAAAGGCCUUAUCGAUGGAGUGUGCCAGGAGGAAGUUCCAAAAUGGGUCUCCUCUAGUCUUCUUCUUGCCGAUCUUUAUCAAAAGAUCUCUCUUGCUGAUGAGCGCCGUAAACAACUGGACCUGAUCUACUCCAAUCAAAAAAUCGUAUGGAAGUACUACGAAGAACGGGAGAAACGAUGGAAGGCGUACACUGACGAUGAAAAUAACAAGAUCACGAAGGCGUACGAAAAAGGCGAUACUUCCUGCAGACUUAUUGGAAGGCGAAAGUAUUUCAUUUGCUUUAGUCGAAUGAUUCAACAAAGCGAUGAGACUCCAAGUAAGAAACCAAUCAUGCGCUUCUACAGCGGUGCAAAAAAGGAUGAUAAAGCGAUGGAUGCAUCACCAAAAGCCACCCUUGAAGCUCUUGCUCAAGAUAGUGUGAAACUGACUGACGAUCAGGCGCAGCAUCUUAUUGAUUGCUGUGUGGCACUCUGUACAAGACAAAAUACCGAUUCAGACACUAUCCAUUCAAGUCUUCGAAUUAUUCUCCGAGUGACAAAGAAGCACUCUUUGGCUCUUUUCUUUGCCGAACGAGGAGGCCUUGAAAUGAUGUUCAAACUGAAUCAAAAUCAAGGCUUCUCAGGAUUCUACUCUAUCGCUUCUCUGCUAAUUCGGCACUUGCUGGAGUCGCCAGCGAUCCUGAAAGCUUGCUUCCGAAAGACAGUCGCUCUUUUCGCUACAACCAGCAGUGCCCAAGCAAGUCUUGGCGUGCAUGAUCGCGCAACUUCUUCACGAAGUUCUCACCGAGAAAUAAAUUUGAUGCUUCGUCAGCUGAGUCCGGUUGCUUGUAGAAAUCCGGACCUCUUUAUCGAAGUUGUCCAAAAGCAACUGAAGAUCAAUAUUCGAAAUUAUCAUGGCGGAAAAGACAUUUCAAACGUCAGUGCAGAUACUGCUCGAGACGCAUUCUUGAAUAGCAAAGACAACGAGAAAGAAAACAUUAAGAAAAAUCCAGCGCCGGAGCUCACGAACAUUCUCCAAUUUCUCAUAAACAAACUAGGCACUUUUUCGGAAGAGAAGGACAAGGAAAUGGAAGAUGAGCCACAACAACAGCCAAAACCACAGCCGCUGCUAUCCCAAAGUUUGCUUUUGCGAAUUCUUGCUGAAGUCAUCAGCUCAUAUCCAGCUUGUGCUAGUGCUCUCUGCAAACUGAAAAUUGCUUGCGUCGAUUCAAAUCUAAUGGAGUUCAUCAUUGACAAGCUUUUACUUCACAAAGGAGAAACGACCCCAGAUAAUCUUUGUCUGAAUCUUCUCGCUUGCUUCGCAGCCUGUGACCAUGCGAAAGUCAAGAACACUUUUAUCGCAGAAUUGAAGAAUGGCCUUGCUAGAAUUGUAAAGCAGCCCGAAUCGUCGCAAAAGCACCAUCAUCUUCGCGCGAUUGUAGAGUUGGUCCUCGUUGCUAUCAAGCGAAACAGCCCUCCUCAAAAGGAUGACUCUUUGCGUGGUAUCAGAAGUAUCCCCGACAAAGAUAUUAACUCGCUCUCUAUAACUAUGGUGAAGCGUGGGGUUGCACAAGAUCUUGCCAGGACUAUACAUACCUUAGAUCUUUCCAGUCCUCAUCUUUCUGUCACGAUAAACAUCAUCUUCAGGGCACUCGAAACGCUUUCUAAAGUCACAGGAAUCGCCAUCAAUAUCAAGAGUGAUUCAAGCUCAAAGAAGUCUAAAAAUGGAGUUGCAACUACUUCUGCUAAUGCGAAUGAUCUUAGCCCAGCAGACAACAGUCCUCUUGGAGCACCAUCAUCAUCUCAUGUUCUUGAAGACUUCCCGGAAUUGAUCGCGGCUGAGCGCGAAAUGCGACAACAAGCCAAUGAAGCUCUUAUGAACAUUAUUGCUAACGAAGAGCGAAUCCAUGAGUCGAGAAGAAAUCGGCAAAUGCUUAUUGAUGCAAUGCCACCUCCUUCAAAUCCUGAUCGCCGAGAUGACAACGAUCAAGGGUCAAAUAUGGAAUACGAAGAUGAGCAAAGUCAAGAAGAAUCGGUCGAAGCUGAAAAUGAAACUGAGCCUGAGGAUCUACCUGAGCUCCAGGACCUCUAUCAAGCCGAUGCUAAUAUGCACGAUGAUCACGAUCAUGGUGAAGAGGAGGAUGAGGAUGAAGACGGGGGUGAAGACGUUGAUGACGAUGAAGAUGAAGACGACGAUGAUGAUGAUGAAGAUCGGGGUGACGGUCGCAACUACACCGAGAAUGAUUACCUCCUUCCCGAAGGCGUCGGCAUGGAUCCACCAACUGAGGACAUGGAAGAGGACAUGAAUCGCAGUGACGAUGAAGAAGAAGACGAUGACGACGACGAAGAGUCCAUCGAGUUUCCUAUUCCCGGCGAAUCAGGUCACUAUGAAGGCGAAACCUACGAAAUUCUUGAUCCUUUUAAUCACAGAGACAUGAUCCCCGGUAUUGUUCCAAUGGAUCUUAUGCCUCGUCGAGGACUUGAGCGUUUCAUGGACCGGCCUACUAUGGAGAAUUUUAGCGAUACUUUCGUUAACUCCUGGGGUCGCGGGCGAGAUCAUAUCCCCUUCGGUGGUCGAUUCCGCCACAGAGCAAUCCGCACCCGAGGCGCAAGCUCAACGAGUAACCAGCCCCCACCGCCGGACAAUUCAUCUCGAAAUCUUCUUCAGCCACUCAACCCAACUCAUCCUCUUCUAAGCCGAGUCGGAACUGGAAGCAAUUCAAGCGCAACUCAACGCAAUUCCACGUCAAGUGCGCGCGACUACGUCUUGUCUUAUUCAGGUCGAAACUGGGAAAGUUUAGGAAAUCAGGUCUACCCAUAUUACUUCCAUCGUCAUCGACUUCGACCGCAGAAUAUUUACAACAGCCCAGGAACCUUCUUUAGUCGUGAUCUAUCCAGAAGUGCUAACAACUCGCUACCAUUUUCUAGUGCUCAAAUGAACAUAAAUGAUUUACUACCUGAUCAUAUGGCAAUCUCCAGAUCGUCGCGACAUUCCGAUGAGAGACUCGGAGAAACGGAAGUAACAUUCCCAUCCGCGUUUUAUCGAUGGGCCGAAGAGGCGACAGUUCUCGACGGGGAAAGUAUUCACAAUGUUGUACUGAUUGUAAGAAACGACAUUAUGCCAGUUCUUGAAGAGCGCUGUAAGAAAGAUCUUGAGGAAGCCGAGAAAGCUCAAAGAGGAGGCGGAGAAGAAAAACAAGAAGAAUUGAAAAAGAAGGCUGCUGAAGAAGCAGAAGAAGCCGAAAAGAGAGCAAAAGAAGAGUCGGAAAAUGCAGAAAAGCAAGAUGAGCCGAAGACCGAGCCAGAAAAUCCAACAGCGGAGCAGCAACCCAGUGCAACCGGGCCAAAUCCAAAUGCAUCAUUCGCUGAGAUUCUCAACUCUACUGGUGACCUCGCUAAUCUGGACACAAGUGCUGGUGAUAUUCCUCAAGAAUUCACUGAAGCUAUCCAGGCUGCCUCCCAAGAAGCAGCUGCUUCUCAGGGGGCAACUUCUCAAAGUAACACUGCUCCCGCUGAAACUGAUGCUACGUCCCAACCAGUCGAUAUUGCACCAACAACUGCUGUUUCAGCUCCGGAGACACGAUCAAUCAACCCCUGGCAGGAAAUGGAUCCCGCUAUCCUCAACGAAUUGCCCGAAGAAGUUCGACGUGAAGUUUACGCAAGCGUUCUAGAUAAUGUCCGCCGAGAAACAUCGACUGCAGUGGAGUCGACUACUCUUGAUCCUAUCAACGAAGAGUUCUUGAAUGCUUUACCUGCAAAUAUUCGUCACGAAGUACAAGCUGCUCAUGAGCGCGUCAACUCUGAUCUGAGCGAAAGAGCCGCUCGUGUUGGAGCACAAGCGACAGCGCAGAGCUCCUCUGGGGCCACAGGUGGCGAUGGUAAUAUCGAAGAGUGGAUUCGAACACUACCUCAGGAUCUCCGUCGAACCAUUUUGACGGAUAUGGCCGAAGAAAACGUCGCCGCGCUGCCUGAAGAUCUUCAAACUGAAGCUCGUACUCUUCAACAGCGAACACUUCGAGGCAUCAAUGCGUUGGAAAGUUACCGUCGCAGAACUAUCCGUCCUUCUAAUUUCACUGGCAGAGCGAAUUACCUCGGUCGAUAUGAAUCGCGCCGUGGUACUGAUUCUGACACAAGAUCAAGCGAGAAAAAGACCAUUCCUCAUCUGUCACCAAAGUACAUGAUCGACGCCGAAAGUCUAUCCUGCAUCCUCGCAGUACUUUUUGUCAACGACAACGGAAUCCAGCAGCGAAAGCUGCACAUGAUUCUCAAGAAUUUCGCCAUGCACGGGUCGACCUGUAACUGGCUCAUCACUUCUCUGCUAGAUAUUAUUCACAGAACGACCAACACCUCUUCAAACGCCCAAGAUAAGUCUUACAUUGUGCCCAAUUGGCUGAGCCUCAAGCUCGAAGCCUCCCUCGGCGCCCGCCAUAGUGUCUUCCAAAUCAAGAAUGAUCAGCUCGAGAUCCACCCUCAAGCUGCCUCGUACAUUUGCAGAUCGGUUAUCGAAUCGCUCACUUACCUAGCCAAGUGGAAUACCAAGUUCUUCAAUGCUUCACCAUGCCACACUCAGUCAACGGUGCCUCCUUUCUGGGAUUUAUUGUUCAAGCUCGAGAAAGACAGUUCAUCUAGCAAUUUCGGAAAGAAAGCAGACCCUCAGUGCCAGCUACACACAUCCGAUAACGACGUUCAAGCCGUAAAAUCCCUCGAGCAGCUGAACAAAUCCGUCUUUGCCUCUCUUCUACGUAUGCUCAAUCACCCUGUUAUCAACGAAAGCAAGUCUCUUCUUGAUAAAACUCUCACGCUCAUCUCAAUCGUUGCCAUCGACCUUCCAGUCAUCAAUGGUGGCCAAGAAAAAAUCUUCCAGAAUGAAAUUUCAAAUUUGGUGAGUAUUCUUGGUCGUGUUUCUUCAGAGGAAGGAACUCAUGAAUGCACCCAAAUUUUGCUGGAAUUGUCGCGAUGCCACAUCAGCUUUAGAAUUCAAGUUCUGGACGAGCUUAUCGCCGGUGCUUCAGUGUUCGGGAAGAAGCUCGAGGGACAACUCCGACAGCUUCUGACGGAGCUGAAAGCCAAAACAAAGGAAGAGCGCGAAGCAAGCAACAAAAACGAACUCAUAGUUCCAGCAAUGCAGAAGCUUACCUCUAAAAACUCAAUUCAAGCUUCAUUCUUGCGUUUGCUCAAGAUCAUCGAAGAGCUUCGACGAUCAGACUUUGGCAAUAAAUCUAGCGGAUCUAUGCGAGGAAGUCUCAACUGGCGAGAAAACGGCCAGCGAGGAAGUCGGUCAAGAGGGCGCGAUGCAUAUUCUUGGCUUCACCGCGGCAUGCAAAGUUCCCGUUUCCACUUUGAUGAGACCCUGAAUGAUGUGAUUCACGGUAUGUAUACUCCGAAUAUGCUUAGAGCGGCCAUCUCGCGGAAUCGCCCCGACACUGCCGAAACGAUCAUUGAUGUUAUGGAACGUCAACUUUCAGGGCGAGGAGGAAUACAAGAUGUUGGCGUUUUACUCCCACGUUUCAUGCGAAGCGGUAGCGGCAGUGUGACUUUGCGCGAUAAUGAACCUCGAAGUGGUUCGGCUAGCGGAACUCAAAGGCCUUCUACGAACGAUGCGGAGGAGAGUGCGAAGAAUGCGAAAUUGAAGCAGGCGAAGGAAGAAAGUGAAAAACUCAAGAAAGAAGCUGCAUGCUUGAACGAGUAUUUGGCGGACUUGCUCAACUUAUCAGAAUUGUGGCAAAUUCUUUCUGACUCACUCGGUGAACUUGAUGUCAACAAGGACAGCCACACAUUCAUGGUUCUCCAGCCAGCAGUCGAGGCAUUCUUCAUGGUCCAUGCGACUUCAACGGAAACUGAAUCUGAGAAGAAAGAGACGAAGCAAGAAAUGCUCGCGCAUAUUGAAAAGAUCGCGCCUCUUCCUGAAUCUCCAGGGGAAGAGAAAGAGGAUGAGUCGACUUCGGAGCAGAAUAAGUACAAGAACUUGCCUCAAAAUACUGUCAAGUUCUUGCAAUUUGCUGAGAAACACAAGGCGGUUCUCAAUCAAAUUCUUCGACAAUCGAGUACUCAGCUGGUCGAUGGACCAUUUUCUGUUCUCACGAAGCAUAUUCGACUGUUGGACUUCGACAUCAAGCGUCGCUACUUCCGAAAAGAACUUGACAAGAUCAAGGAGAAUACUCCCCGAGGCGACACUGCGAUCCACGUCAAUCGAGAGACAAUCUUCGAUGACUCAUUCAGAGAGCUUCACAGAAAGAAGCCGGAAGAUUGGAAGGGCAAGCUCUACAUUGUGUUCAACAAUGAAGAAGGGCAGGAUGCUGGUGGCUUGUUGAGAGAAUGGUUCCUGGUGAUUUCAAGGCAGAUGUUCAACCCGAACUACGCUCUAUUCGCUCAAGCGGCUAACGACCGUGUAACUUACAGAAUCAACCCUUAUUCUGAUGUUAACCCAACUGACAAGCUUUAUUUCAACUUUGUUGGUCACGUGGUUGCAAAGGCGAUUCUCGAUAACAAGCUGCUCGAAUGCUACUUCACCAGAGCAUUCUACAAGCACAUGUUGGGCGUUACAGUCACAUACAAGGAUAUGGAAGCUGAAGAUUUGGAACUUUACCGCUCGUUGCUGUUCCUUAUCAACAAUCCUGUUGCUGAUCUUGGCUAUGAGAUAACCUUUUCAAUGGAUUUCGAACGAUUUGGAAAGACGGAAACGAUUGACUUGAAGGAAAACGGCAGGAACGUUCCUGUAACGGAUGAGAACAAACUUGAAUACGUACAUCUUAUUUGCCAGGAGAAGAUGGUUGGUUCGGUGAAGAAUCAGCUGCGAGCGUUCUUGGAAGGAUUUUACGAUAUCAUCCCCCGCAGAUUGAUAUCGAUCUUCGACGAGCACGAAUUGGAACUGCUGAUUUCUGGCCUUCCUACAAUCGACAUUGACGAUUUGAAGGCCAACACGGAGUACCAAAAGUACAACGCGAACUCGCUUCAAAUUCAGUGGUUCUGGCGCGCAUUGAAGAGUUUCAACCAGGAGGAACGAGCCAAGUUCCUUCAAUUUGUUACUGGAACAUCCAAGGUUCCGCUGCGUGGAUUUGCCAAUCUUGAAGGUAUGAACGGAACUCAAAAGUUCCAAAUCCAUCGAGACGAGCGGUCCACUUCACGACUUCCAUGUGCGCACACAUGUUUCAAUCAACUUGACCUGCCAGUGUACGAGACUUAUGAAAAACUCCGUACCCAAAUGCUAAAAGCUAUUACAGAAAGUAGCGAAGGUUUUGGACUUGCGUAA